GAGGAGAGAGAGAGAGAGAGAGAGAGAGAGGGAGGGAGGGGGAAGAACGGCGUAAGCUUGUAUACAACUACCUCGAUUUCCAUUUCCCCCCCAACUCGUAAUGUAUUUAAUUCAAGCGAAACGUAAUCAUGACGUGUCUUGUCAUUAAUCUCCUCGCCGCCUCUCCCGUGGUGUCAGAGACCAUUUCGGACGUGCAUCCUGUCUCAUUUAAGGAAGCAAAUGAUGGAAUACACACACUACUAAGUAUGGAUUCUCCUAGAGAAUGUGUGAUUGCCCUCUCCUCUGAGGUACCCCUGUCCCCUCCCUCAAUGCCCUCACUAGAUGACAGCCCUCACACCUUACCCCAAAGCCCUCACUCUGCCCAAUCUAGCCCUCUAACUAACCCAUAUACACAACUGUCACCUUUUGCUGAUGCCAACCAGCAAGAUGAAGAUGAGGAUGAGGAGUUGUCAGGUCCACCAUCCCCCACUACAGUUGUUGCACUGUUUCCAGAGGAAGAGCAGUUGUGUACUCCCUCUUCAGACAGCAGUCCUCCAGCCACUCCAUCUGCACCACCACCUGGGUUCGGAGCACUGGAGCAGGUUCUUUCAUCUGGGGACAAUGCCACCUGCAAUGAUGAACUAGACCUGCAGCUUUUCAACAACGAAGGUGUGGCUGUCCAAGGUGGUUCUACCAGUGGCCCCGCCCUCAGAUUCCCUUGCCAUGUUUGUGGGAAGAGGUUCCGCUUUCAGAGCAUUCUCUCCCUGCAUGCCCGAGCUCAUAGUUUGGACAGGGACCGCCAGCCUAAUACCCUGUACAAAACUGCACAUGUUAAACCGGAGAAAAAUCAUUUCAGUGAUACUGUUAUCCAAAAACACAGGAAGCUCAAUCCGAAUUCAAUAUACAAGUCAUUUCACCAGAAUCAGAGAGAAGAGAAUGUACCAGAGGAUCCUUGUCAAACAGUCAAUUGCCCUCAGUUUGAAAUGGAUGAAACCACACCGCUGACUCCACCUCUAACAGAAGAAGCACCAGUCUCUUCAACCUUUUCUCCAUUAGGGUCUGCCCUCAUGGAAGAUCCCAUCCCUCCAGUGGCAGCUCUUGCCUUCCGCUGCCAUGCAUGUAAGGGUAAAUUCCGCACUGCCUCUGAGCUAGCUCGUCACGUGCGGAUCCUCCAUAACCCAUACAAGUGUACACUGUGCCCCUUCUCAGCCAAUAAGGAGGAACGUCUAGCUGUUCACCUACAGGAAAGCCACCCACCUGAAGAGCCUGUGCCACAUCCUGUCUUCCCUUCCCGCCCAAUCACAUUGCAACCCCAAACAACUUCAUCACAAGCACCUGCUGUUCCAGCUUUCCGUUGUGAGACUUGUGGUCAGCGGUUUACCCAGUCCUGGUUCCUGAAGGGUCAUAUGCGCAAGCACAAGGCCUCCCUUGACCACAAGUGCCAGGUUUGUGGCCGCGGAUUUAAGGAGCCCUGGUUCCUCAAGAACCAUAUGAAAGUGCACCUCAACAAACUGGGCCUGAAGGCUGGUCUGGGAGAUCUGGGACCUUCAGGGUCUGACCAUUCCAAAGGUCCUGCUGGGAACCAUGCUUUAGGAGCUCUCUAUUCUAAUGUGCUCCUGGCACACAGUGUGGCAGGUGGAAGUGCAAAGACAGGGAAUCGGACAGAGAGGUCAGAAUUCAGUGAAGGAUCAAGCAGAUCUUCAGUAUGGGGUUACCUCAGGUUGCCAAAUGAUAGCAGUGGUGCUAGUUGCAUGGAACGCCUUCAGGCAGUGGCGCAGGUGGCAGAGAUAGGUAACGGUGGAGAGAGAGGAGGAGCAGAGGUAUUGGAUGGACGAGAGCAGGCAGCUAUGUGGGAACUGGUUGCGCAUAGACUGGCUGCAGUGCAGCAGAGCCAGCAGCAGCAGAGAUCCCAGGCGCAGCACCAAUACCCUUCCUCACAGGGCACUGUUGUUGGGGAUGCUGAGCAGAUGCAUGGCUACUUAGGUGGCCUUGGCUUCAAAGAGGACCUGGAAACCUCCAGGGCCCCUUGGGAAUGUCCCGACUGUGGGAAGCUUUUCCAGAAUCUUCAGCAGGUAGUAGCUCAUGCUCGUGUUCAUUCUCAGAGACCGCGGAAGUAUCGAAGUGUACAUGUGAGUGCUAGAAAAGAAGAGGACGGUGUACAAAAAACUGCCGGACUCCAAGCAGGAGAAGGAAGAGGACACAGAAAUGAAGGCAGACUAGAAUCUCAACAGGUCCAAUCAGGAGUGGGGGCACCUGGAGGUUUCCAUUCUUCUAUAGCACAUCUCUCUGGAGACAAUGGUCUGAGAGCAACAUCUUUUGGAUCUUCAAGAGAGCGGGUGCGAGGUACAGGAAUGAAGGAUUGCCCCUACUGUGGUAAAUCGUUCCGAUCUUCCCAUCACCUUAAAGUACACCUACGUGUGCACACAGGUGAGAGACCAUACAAAUGUCCCCACUGUGACUAUGCUGGCACCCAAUCUGGCUCUCUUAAAUACCAUCUACAACGGCACCAUCGUGAGAGAAAUGCAAUGGCAAACUCUCCCAGCUCCUCAUCUUCAACCCUCACUCCCUCACUGACUGGCUCUCCACGAGAGAAACAGCAUCGACCAUCGAGUGCAAACCAGGGCUCAUUCCCCACAUUCAGACACAGCCAGACCUUGGCCACAGGAUCCACAGAACAGAAAGAGAGUCAUCUGAAGUCCAGAGAAGUUCAAAAGGAAAGAAAUUUGGAGAGUCAGUAUCGUUUUCUGUCUGGUAUGAUGCAGGAACUGUACCCAGGAGGACUAGAAAGGGGAUGGAGAGGUGAGACACCUCCUCCAAAAAUACCCAAAAUAUCCAGACGUAAGCCGCUUGUUACAAGUCGUAUGAUGCCAGCUAAUGGAUAUCAGGGCAGCAUCAACUCUAGUGCUUCCCAAGAAUGUGGACCCCUAGACCUCUCCCGCCGCCCUGUGUCUAGUGUAGGUGCAGUGGAACAAGUUGGAGGAGCAGUAAGCAGCUCUGACAGUCCAGCAGGGGGAACAAAAGGAGAUGGAGAUACUCUAAAUCAGUGUGUGUUUUGUCCAUUUCGAACCUCUUCUUCUGAGCUGAUGGCAAUGCAUCUUCAAGUCAAUCACACUAGCAAGUCCCGCCGUAAACGGGGGGGCCUUGUAACAAGUGACAACCACUCUCCCAGGCUGACCCUGUAUGGAAUGAACCAUGACCCUUUGGCACUGUGGAAGUUCCUCAGUGAAGGGGAUGAAAUCAUGGCCAUGGAUGACUGGAUAAAAUACAGGUCAAGGACUGAAAAUGGGGUCAGCUUGGAAGAUGGGGACCUAGAGAUGGAACCCACAAAACAAGGGCUUAAACAAGGUGAUGGCAAACUGGAGAACACAGAUGAUCAUGAAAUAAAAGAAAUAGAGGAUGGACAGGAAACAAACAGCAACCUUGAAGAUAACUCCCAUCAACAGGGCAUGACAAAGGAUCUAUCAGACAUGAUGCAAGAGGAGUUGCCUGAGGACAGGGAAAAGCUUGUGAAGAACUGAGCGAUUUAAAGUGCCCCAGAGGAACACAGAGCUAGAUUCAAGGAUCUAUUGGAAAAAUUAGACACAGAAAACUAAAAUGAGGCUGAUCAUGUUCUUUCCAACACAAGGACAUCAUGUCCUAGUUUCAUACAUAGUCACAGACUUGCACACAGACAUAUAUCCAGUAUUCUAUGCUAGUCUUAGUCUUCAGGAGUCCCGAGGCCUUCUUGACUGCUGUUUUUUUUAAAUAUAUAUUUUUUCUUUAUUUUUGUCAUUUAAGGUAAUUGCCAAGUUAUAUUUCUUUCUACUGUGAGACAUUCCCAUGUCAAAAGCAUCUGGAAAUGGUAAUCAUUAGAACAGGAAGAGCAAAAAAAAAAAAGCAGAAACAUUAAACUGUAUAAUAAUGAGAUAUUUUUUUGUACUAAUAUAAUAUCUUGUGUUAAAUGAAGAAAAGGCUGGCUUAACAUAAAAGCCAGUGUAGUCUACAACAUCCAUCUGGCUGAAUUUUGCAUUUUGCCAACACUUGCACCAUUAACCAAAUGGAUGGCAUAAUUUCUUACCAUACCUUUACCAGGCUGUAUGCACAGUAUACUGUGAUGACUAAAUGGUACUGAUGAUGACCAUUUUUAACAAUACACAACAGAGCAAAUAAUAUUUUCCCCACAUAUACUGUCAGCUAGGUCUGGCAUUCUUCUAGUGAACAAGACUUCUUCUACUUCAUUCUGUCUCAGUGCCUGGUGCUGUAUUUAUUUUUAGGGGAAUUCUACGACACAGGAAAUUAUAUUUCAUAUAUACAGUAUAUUCCAAUUUAUGUAUAAGAACUCUAAAGGUAAGAUAGUUCUGGAACAUUGUGGCUGCAAUUUCUGUGACCUGUCUGUUGCGCCUAAAGGAGUGGAACAUUGGACUUGAAACAUGAGAACAGAUGGCCAGCUGACAGAGAACAAAUUGCAGUGUUUACAUCAGAAAUACCACUAUGAUUUUUUUGGAUGAAACUGGAUCAUGAUCACUGAGGAGACAUUAAGAAGGAUUGAGGUCUGGUUUUCAUAUAUCGAAUGAAAUAUUUCGACAACAUUGAGUCCAACUCAAAGAGACUGAGUCCCAAUCAGUCAUUCCUACGUUUUCUUUUCUUUGAGACGAGAAAGACAUGGGUCCCUAAGCAUCAGGGCAAAUCGAACAAAAAAAAAAAAAAUAACUAUGGCAUCUUUAAGAUCAAUAGUUUUUUAAGGAAACAAUAAGAAACAUUAAUAAUAAAAUCACUAACACCUUCAUAGACAUCCCAAUAGAAAUGUGUAGCUUUUAUAAAGAGAAAAAAAGAGAAAAAAAGUUCUUUUUUAAAUGUUUUUUUUUAUUUUAUUUUAAGAAGAGUUCUUAAAGAAUAAAAAGUGAUAUCAAUAUCAGUAAUAAUAAUAAUGGUUGUGGUAGAAUACUGGUUUGGAAUGUCUUAAAAACACUGUGCAAAGUUCAUUGUUUUCCCAAAGUAGAUUUUCAUUUGCCUUUGAAUAUAGACCAAACUUUUUGUUUAAGAGUUAUUGUUUAUAUUGAGUCACUUUCAUUUGAAGUAAUGCUGCAGAUUCAAAUCUCUGUUCCUAAUCAUACUAUAAAGUGGUCAAUCAAUCAAUCAAUCAAAAGAAAAAUGUUGAUGAAAUCAACUUAUCAACUAUUGAUCUAAUCAGGCAUGCAAUCAAACUCUAGUUUUCAGCACUAAAGUGUUGGCACCAUCAUUUAUUUGAUAACUUAUUUAUUAAUUAUUGCAAAAAGUGUGUCAAGGACAUAUCACUUUGUUGUCAGUUUGACUGACUUGAAAUAUAAGGGAGUGACUCCCUGCUUUCUGUACUAUUAAUGUUUAUGGCAUUCUCACACAUUUCUACCCCAAAAUCAGAUAGUGUGAUUGAAUGAGCUGUACCUUACUCCUGCCUCUUGUGCCACUGACUGAUAAAGAUGGGUACUGAUUGUUACUGCUGGCCUUACUAUAUAAAUGUGCAUGUGUUGUUUUGUGUGUAGAGCACCUUAUGAGUUUGGUAGCCCCUGACGUGGUGGUCGUUAAAGAUUACACUCCAAGCCACUGUGCCUUCUGUCCUGCACACUUCCUCAAGUACUUUGUAUUCUCACCAAAAGCACCUACAGUAACUCACACCGUAUCUUCUUUCCACUUCUACCUGUCUUUUAAAUGUUGCCACUUCAAAGGCUUAUCAUUCUGUCUACUUCUCUCUCUCUCUCUCUCUCUCUCUCUCUCAAGUACACAACAUUAUCAGACAUUCUGGCAUUAUUCUGUGUGCUCACUUCAUUCAGGUCCAGUUCUUUCUGAACUGCUCCUCUUUUCCAACAAACACCACUUAAAGGUGACAUACUGUUUAGCAUUGUGGCCUUUUUUUUUUUAGGUGUUAUUUUAAUUUUUGUGAUGUUUGUUUGCCAAUGAGUUGAGAUCAAGCUCUUCUUAUAAUAAUUAAUGUUCGUUUGGUUUUUUUUUAGUAUUAAAAAAGAAAAGAAAACUGUGUUUGAUGUACAGAUAGAGUUAGAGAUGUGUUUCUAAUGAGAGCUCCAACCACAGCACCGACUCUCCAUCUCUCUUAAUAAUCUUACCUGUAUCGACUGUGUGGAUAUUUAAUGUAUAGCUCAGGGCAAUAUGACUGUCAGAGCAUAAUGUCUUGGCAUGUUAAGUUCCUACACUGACUAAUAAUUAAUCUAAUGGGAAAAGCAUGGCUGAAGCAAUCAGUGAAUAUGUGACAUUCAAAAAUGUUGUGCAUUCCUACUUACAAAUUCACGUGUCAAUCAUCAAUAUUUAAAUAUGUGAAUGUUAUGAUGCCCCCAGUGACAUCUAAAAAUCCAGAAAUCUCAUCAUUUUAUAAAGAAAGGCAUGUAGUUUCCUGGGAAUCUGCAGUAUAUGAGAGUUGGAGUGAAGGUCUGGGUUUGAGCUCUUAAGUAGUUGACUGCUAUUGCAGUGAAGGGGAAACUGGUUUAACAUAGUAGUGAUUAAUAUGAAAAUGUGGACUGAUAAAAAAAAAAUAGUAGAGAAGAUUCAAUAAAAUAUAAGAAAAAUAAGUUAACUCUUUUGGUGUCUAUAUGUCUGUGUCAUUGUAGAAGAAAUUAUUUGUUUAUGAUGAUUUUUUUUAACUUAUAUUACGUGAGUAUAACAACUUCCUUAUUAUGUCAUUAUACUAUAUAUGAAUAUACUGUAUGUCUAAAUCAAGGGGUGCAUUUUCAAUUGUAUAAACAGAGAUUUUCCUGGACAUUGAGAAGCAACUUUUAGCUGCCCUGAGACAUGAACUUCUAUUCAAAAGGGUUUGUGGGAGCCAUGAUUACCAUAGACCCCUUUAGACUGAACUUAGUAGGUGAGACUUUAAAGGAGAGGAAAGCCAAAGCACAAGAUCAACCAGCUGU